AUGGAGUGUAAGAUUGACGCAUUGUCCGAUGAGUUGCUUGUGGCAAUUCUUUCAUAUUUAUCAGUAAAGAAAGCAGCAACAACCUGUCUUGUCUCUCGUAGAUGGAGAUAUUUAUGGCAGUAUACCUCUGGCUGUCUUGAGAUUUAUGAUAGGGAUAAAAGCACUAGAGAUCCGAAUGUAGAACAUGAGUUUGUGAAGUUGGUAAAUCAUGUUUUGAAAUUGCACCAAGGUCCAACUUUAGAUCAAUUCCGAGUUGGUUUUUGCUUUGGUGGUAGUUUUUUCACUUUUGAUCACUGGAUUAAAUUUGCCAUUGAAAAAGAAGUCAAAGUAUUUGAAUUGAACUUAGCAACUGGCGGUGGAUUUGGUGUUGGAUUGCGAUAUUAUUGUUUUCCUGACAUUGAGAAAUUGUCGUCUAAGCUAAAGAUUUCCAGAUUUUGUUGUAAUCUAAAAUCACUUAGCCUAGUUAAUAUCGGUGUUAAGGAAGAAGUCGUUCAUUUUUUUCUAUCCAAUUGUCCAUGCCUCGAGAAAGUACGUGUUUCAGGUUCUAAAUGUCUACAGAAUUUGAAAGUUACGGGUGCACUUCCUAGUUUGAAGUUCAUGGAAAUAUCACGGUGUUACAAUGUCCAGGUUCUGGAGGUUGAUGCUUCAAAUCUAGAGUCUUUUACAUAUAUUGGACCUGAUAUACUUGUGCCUUUUCAGAAUCUACCCAAGUUAUCUGAGCUAUCAAUCGGACAUCAGUAUUGUCAUUCUUUUAUCUUUGAUGCGGACAAGCACACACGCUAUUCCUCUAAGCUGAGAAAGCUUAGACUAAUAGUGCCUCCUCAGACUUUGUGGAGUAGGCUCACAUCGAGUCACCCUGAUAAUUUCCCUAGAUUGGACAAUUUAAGGGUGUUGGAAUUGGACUUUAUGUUGGCAGCUUGUGAAAGCCUACUCUUCUUCACCUUUUUGGUCAAUGCAUCUCCUUUGCUGUCUAAUUUCACAGCUCGAAUACAAUACACCGGUGUCUUAGCUGAGGAGCGUAUGGAUAUUCACCGUCAUGUUGAACGUACAGCUUGGCGGGCUACCCGUAUUGUUCACAACCAUCUAAAGGUGGUGAAGAUAAUUGGUUUUACAGGAUGUAGAAGUGAUUUUAACCUUGCCUUGCAUUUACUUGGAAUUGGAGAGUCUCUUAAGAAGAUGAUCCUACAGCCUACUAAUGACAGGCAUCACUACAAGGUUAAGGAAAUGGCUGCUACAUUAAUGGAAAAGCAGAGCAAGCAACUUGAAGAGAGGUUGCCACCAGGGGCUAAAUUGGUGAUGCUAUAGUUUCAGUUCCAUCUUUGACUUACUUUUUCAAGAUUUUUUAAAAAAAAAUUAUGCUCUGUGAGCUUUGGGAUUCUCUGUUUAUUUCUCUGCCAAUA